GAUGCCAACUAUAAAUUCAGGAAUUAAAUUAAUAUUCGCCAACGCACAGAAGAGAAAAUAAAUCGCACCAAGAGCAAGAAAAGAGAUGGCUUUGAACCCUCAACUGUUCCAAAAUGGGAUGCCGGUACCAUUCGUCAACGAGAUCUUUGUUUUGACUAGAGAUGGCGUCGAGUUCGAGAUUGACAAGAUCCCUGGAAGUCAGGGAGGUCAUGUUAAAGCUAAGGGAAUAAUCUACUUGUCAAAUGUACGUAUGGUUUUUGUUGCAAAUAAACCUGUUGGAAACUUCACUGCUUUUGAUAUGCCCCUGCUUUAUGUUCAUGGAGAAAAAUUCAAUCAACCAAUAUUCUUUUGCAACAAUGUUUCAGGUCUUGUGGAACCAGUAGUUCCAGAAAAUGAGAAUGCAGCUCUCUACUCCACUCACUCAUUCAAGAUUUUGUUCAAGGAAGGGGGCUGUGGAACCUUCAUUCCACUUUUUUUUAACUUGAUCUCUUCUGUAAGGCAACACAAUCAACAAUCAAUCCCCAGAACGGGCCCUCAGAUGAAUCCUUUAGUAGCAGCACAGACUCCAGUUGAUGAAAUGAUGAGACAUGCAUAUGUUGAUCCUAAUGAUCCAACAAGAAUUUUUUUGCAGCAGCCCACUCCAGAGUCCGAGUUAAGGAGGCGCACAUACCAGUUGUCUCCAGCUGAACGCUCCAUAUGAUACCAUUUUCUUUGUUGGAUUGUUUAUCAAGCAAACUAGCUAAAUACAGUUAAUUGUGUUGUGAUGUUGUACAUAGCAAACCUACUUAUUUAGCGAUUCAGUGAUUUUAUACUUUAAAUUGCUACUUAUUUUUAUCCAUGCCUUUGGUGGGUAUGGUAUCCUUGCAUGAACUUUUACAGUGUUUACUACGCAAUACAAUAAAAUUUAUGUAUUUUGGAUGGAAA